AUGCCCAACAUCGUGCUCUUCAGCGGCAGCUCGCACCAGGACCUGUCCCAGCGCGUGGCCGACCGGCUGGGCCUGGAGCUGGGCAAGGUGAUCACCAAGAAGUUCAGCAACCAGGAGACCAGCGUGGAGAUUGGCGAAAGUGUGAGAGGGGAAGAUGUGUACAUCAUCCAGAGUGGCUGUGGCGAGAUCAACGACAACCUGAUGGAACUACUCAUCAUGAUCAACGCCUGCAAGAUUGCGUCAUCCUCCAGGGUGACUGCUGUGAUCCCGUGCUUCCCCUACGCCCGGCAAGACAAGAAGGACAAGAGUCGUGCUCCGAUUUCAGCAAAGCUUGUGGCCAAUAUGCUCUCUGUUGCUGGAGCGGAUCACAUCAUCACCAUGGACCUGCAUGCCUCUCAGAUCCAGGGCUUCUUUGAUAUCCCCGUGGAUAACUUGUAUGCAGAGCCUGCGGUCCUGCAGUGGAUUCGGGAGAACAUCACCGACUGGAAAAAUUGUAUCAUUGUUUCACCUGACGCCGGGGGCGCCAAAAGGGUCACAUCAAUUGCGGACAGGUUGAACGUGGAGUUUGCACUGAUUCACAAGGAGAGGAAGAAGGCGAAUGAAGUGGACCGGAUGGUCCUAGUGGGCGAUGUGAAGGACCGUGUGGCCAUCCUUGUGGAUGACAUGGCUGACACCUGUGGCACCAUCUGCCAUGCUGCGGACAAACUACUCUCAGCUGGAGCCACCAAAGUGUAUGCUAUCCUUACCCAUGGGAUCUUCUCUGGGCCAGCUAUUUCCAGAAUAAAUAAUGCUGCCUUUGAGGCUGUUGUUGUGACAAACACUAUUCCCCAAGAGGACAAGAUGAAACACUGCUCCAAGAUUCAGGUUAUUGACAUUUCGAUGAUCUUGGCUGAAGCGAUCCGAAGGACCCACAACGGUGAAUCUGUGUCUUACCUGUUCAGCCACGUCCCACUGUAAAGAUGUGAGGUGUGGAGCAAGCCUGCUCUGGCUUCUAACUUGCGUGCAUUUGUCUGAUUUUUUUAGCUUUGGG